UGUUUCAUUGUUUUAAUCUCCUGUCUGUGUGUAAUGCAGUAGAUGUCCUGCGGGGGUCGCCGGAGCGCUGCCGGACAUUUAGAGGAAUAAUAAUAAUAAUCAUAAUAAGAAGAAGAAGCAGUCGUCGUCCAUCUUGCUAACUGUUAGCCUGUUAGCUUCCUCCGUCAUGGCGGACCUGAACCGACAGCUGCAGGAGUACCUGUCCCAGUCCAAAGGCGGGAGGCCCCCUCAGGGCGGGGCCAGCAGCGCGGGGCCGGUGUGCGGGCCGGAGCCGGAGCCGGCCUCAGGGGGCUGGUUGGGCCGCUGGCCCUCGUGGCCCUCGUGGUCCGGUCCCGGCCCCGGCCCUGGCCCCGGUCUGUCCCGGCGGCAGCGUCUGCUGCUCGGCCUGCUGAGCCUCCUGCUGUCGGCGCUGUGUCUGCUGCUGGCCGCGCUGUACGCGCCGCUGCUGCUGCUGCACGGCCGCAGGUUCGCGCUGCUGUGGUCUCUCGGGUCUCUGUUCGCCGUCCUGUCCGCCGCGCUGCUGCUGGGGCCGGGCCGCGUGUGUUCCGGCCUGCUGGCCCCCGGGCCCGCCGCCUACCUGCUGCUGCUGGCGGCCACGCUGUACGCGGCGCUGGUCCUCCGCAGCACCGCGCUCACCGCGCUGUGCGCCGCGCUGCAGGCCGCCGCGCUGCUGGCCGCCGCCGCCGCGCUGCUGCCCGGGGGCCGCCGGGGUCCGCCUCCUGGGGGGGUGGCGGCGUCCGCCAUCAAGAGGACCGUGACCGGGGACACCAUGCUGGUCUGACCGGGACACCGGGGACACCGUGCUGGUCUGACCGGGACACCGGGGACACCGUGCUGGUCUGACCGGGACACCGGGGACACCAUGCCUUCAGGGCCCGCGUGGGACCGGGUCCUAAUCAAUGAUCAAUGAUUAUUAAUCAUUAAUCAUUGAUUAUUAAUCAUUGACCAUCAGACCCACAGACUGCUGCUCAGAGGACCAAAUCCAGAUGUUUGAACUUUAAUGAAUAACAUGUUUCUGUGUGUGAGAAAAAGUCUUUAAUAAGGAAAAUAAAAAACUAAAGUAUGGUUUCAUCUGUGACCUUUGACCUGCUCUGUGGAA